AUGGCAGUGUCCAAAGUAACAAUGAAACUUCUCAUCGACACCAAAAGGAAAAGAGUCAUGUUUGCUGAAGCGGGGAAAGAAUGUAUCGAUUUCCUAUUUCACAUUCUUGCAUUGCCAAUAGGCAGUGUCAUUAGGCUGCUGACGACCAAAGGAAUGGUUGGCUGCUUGGGUAACUUGUACGAGAGCCUCGACAAUCUAGAUGAUACGUAUAUUCAAUCAAAUCAGGACAAGGACACCCUCUUAAAACCAAAAUCAGCAGCCUACGCUACUUCAGGUCCUCUGUUGUUGCACACAAGCUCCCCUGUUAACAAACAGUUUUAUAAGUGCUUUCAGCAUCUUUACAUGUCUGAUAAUCCUGGAACGUGUUGUCCUUCGUGCAAUAGAACUAUGAACAAAAUUCUGGACUAUGUAACACCCACCGUGGAUAAUGAGGUAGCUUCAAAUGGAGGUUUGGUGAAGGGGGUUGUCACUUACAUGGUGUUGGAUGACUUGUCUGUGAAGCCAAUGUCCACUAUUUCCAGCAUCACUCUGCUCAAUGAAUUCUGCGUUAAAGAUGUUGGGGUACUUAAAGAGAAAGUUGUUACUCUUGGAAUGGAUGAGGUAUUUACGCUUGCUCCUUUCUUGUGCUUUGAAGAUGCUGAAGACUUCGCUGCAGUGCAAGAGUGUCUUGACCAGGGUCUUCAUGGACAGCACAAAUGA